AUGCGCAUUUCCGAAUCCUCGUUCUUCACCUUCGCAAGCUUUCUCUUCGGCGCAAUAUCUACAGGAUUUGGAAUCAACAGCUUCCUCCGUCCAAAUCAUGCUCUGAGCUUCUUUCACUUCGAUGACCUACGAACAUCCGGCGACCAGCAACUCGUCGAUUACCUGAUGUUCAUCUACGGCGCACGAGACAUCUUCAUGGGCGUGACAGCCCUGGGAGCGGUGACGAUUGCCUCCGGUGCAGUAGCUGUUGUGGAUGGUUUUGUAUGCAAGUUGCACGGGAUCGGCGAGUGGGAUCAUUGGGGGUAUUCGCCUAUGAUCAUCGUGACUGGAUUGGUGUUAAUGGGGGUUCUGGACUGGUAA